GUCUGUAGUGGUUUAACGGAGAGGGAUUAAAUGUUUUUUAUUUUUUUAAUUGUACUAAAUAAAUGUGAAAAUGGCAGACCUGAUUUAUAGCAUAUAGCAACUACGCCCAGGGGUUACAAGUUCAGUACAAAGUUUCUUUAUUGCAGUAAACAACUGCACUUUGAAGUGUGUUUUUGAAGUCUGUCCCGUGACAGUGCAACUUUCACACAGCUUUUACAAACCUCAGUUAUUUUUUUUGUUUGUUUAGUUUUAGUUUUGUUUUUUAAAGAUCACUGCAGUGCGCAUGUCUCUUUCAGACCAGAAUUCAGGAGAUGCGCUUCUCAUUUAAACAUUUCAAAUAGGCUAGAUUUCCUAUAACCAUGAAAUAGUAUACAUAAGGCUUUCAGUCAUGUACAUGAGUGUCACGAUGAAGAUCUUCGCUCUGCUCUGUGUUUUUCUUCUUUAUGGGACUUUGCCUUCAAUUCAAGCAGAGAAUCACUCGCUGUAUUACAUUUACACAGCCUUGUCUAAACCUGUGAAUCUGUCGGGCAUCUAUGAAUUCACUGCUAUGGGUCUGCUGGACGACAUACAGAUCGACUAUUACAAUAGUAAAGAAAAGAGAAAGAUUCCCACACAGCCCUGGAUGAAAGAAAAAAUGCAGGAGGAUUACUGGGAAAAAGGCACUCAGUCCAGAAAGAGUAAAGAACAAUGGUUUAAUGUGAGCAUCCACAUUAUCAUGGACCGCAUGAGACACAAUAAAUCAGAUCUUCAUGUUCUUCAGUGGAGACACGGUUGUGAAGUUGAGCAGCAGGGAGAUGAAGUGAAGUUUCUCAAAGGCAUUUCUGAGUACGGCUAUGAUGGAGAAAACUUCUUGUCUUUUGAUAUUAAAGAGUCUCAAUGGGUCGCUCCAGUUGAUGCAGCUCUACCAACCAAGAGAAAAUGGGACAAUGUGCCGAUCCUAAACCAAUACACCAAAGGAUACCUGGAGAAAGAGUGUGUGGACUGGCUCAACAAAUUCAGAGAAUAUGGAGACGAGGAGCUCAGAAACGGCUCUCCUCCAGAUGUCCAUGUGUUUAAACAGAAGAAUACCAGUGACAAAACCAAGCUGAAACUCACCUGUCUGGCCACUGGCUUCUACCCCAAAGACGUGAUCUUGACCAUUAGGAAAAAUCACACAUCUCUGCCUGAAGAUGAGAUUGAAUCCACAGGAAUCAGACCAAACCAUGAUGGAUCCUUCCAGAUGAGGAAGAGUGUGGAGAUCAAGGGGAAGGAUAAAGAUGAAUAUGAUUGUUUUGUGUCCCACAAGAGCAUCAAAGAACCAAUUAUCAUCAAACUGACUGCUAAAUCACUGAAUGCAACUAAUGCUGAAGAACUGCAAGAAUAUGAUGGACAAGAGAGUUCAGCUGAAACACCAGACAUCAGGGCGACUGUUUUCAUAUUUUAUCUCUCUCUCAUAUUUCAUCUAAUCUGGAUAUUUUGAUUUGAUUUGCUCAAGAAACCGACAUUUUAGACUAAGUACAAAAAAAUAAAGAUCUUUUAAUUUGAAAAGAGUUGAUUUUCCAGACUCAAAUUGAAUGUUAUGAAUAUAAUGACAUUUUCAGCCAUUAAAAAUUAAUUAUUCAAA